AUGGUCUCCUUCACCACCCUCCUCCUCGCCGCCGCGGCAUCCCUCUCCACCGAGGCCCGCAACGUCCCCCGCGACUCGCCAGUCUGGCUCACGCUCCCCCCGACCCCGCAGCUCCCGUCGCCAAUCUCAAACAAGCUGUACCCCAUCAACGGCGUGAAUCUGUGGCUGCAAAAGUACAACGAGGCCAAGGGCGGCGUCCCGAUCGUCGUGUCCCACGGCGGCCUGGGCUCCAGCGAGUACUUUGGCGCCGUGAUCCAGGAGCUCAUCAAGCGGGGCUACUACGUCGUGGCCAGCGACCGCCGCGGCCACGGGCGCAGCACCUUCAACGCCAACGACGUCUUCACGUACGACAUGUUUGCGCAGGACCAGGACGCGCUGCUCAAGGCCGUCGGCAUCAACAAGUACAUCUUUGUGGGCUGGUCCGACGGCGCCAUCCAGGGCCUGUCGGCGCUCAUGGACCCCAAGCUGGCCGCGCCCAUGCAAAAGGCUUUCCUCUUUGGCACCACCGCGAGCCCCGCCGACACAAACGUCAACUUUCCAAAGACCGCCAUCUUCAACGACUUUGUGACGCGCGUCGCCACCGAGUACCCCACGCUGCAGCCCAAGGCGGACUUCAAGGCCUUUGCCGGCAAGGUCAGCACGCUCGAGAGCACGCUGCCAAACUUCACCGCGGCCGACUUUGCAAAGAUUGACGGCACAAAGGUCACCAUGGUCGAGGCGGACCACGAGGAGGCAGUCAACAAGGGCACCGGCCUGAGGAUCAGCAAGCAGAUCCCCGGGAGCAAGUUCGUCUCGCUCCAGGGCGGCAGCCACUUUUCGCCAGUGCAGAUCCCGGCCAAGUUUGCCGACGCCAUCGAGGCUUUCUUGAAGGCGUAA